AUAGGCUGCAUGCCCUUAAAGUCCGCAUGGCAGAAAAAGUAGAAAAAAAUCUUACUGGACAGUGUUGGUGACGGGUGGGGAAUUCAACUAAUUAACAAAGCACAUGCAAGGACCAAAACUAGCGCACCAGUCACCACCACCCUUCAUUUCUGACUUCUUAGCUGACAACCGUAUAAAGAACGUACUGCCUUCAUCAAUUCUGCUUUAUAUUCCAGCUUUGUCUGCAAACGACAGCUUUCAACGCUUCUAGUGCACUCAAACUUUCAAGUUAGCAUCAAUGAUGAAGCCCAAGAGGCUACUCAGCCUCCUGCUAAGGCUUAUUGCCGUUGGGGCCACACUUGCAGCAGUGAUUAUCAUGGCUACAAGCCAUGAGAAGGGUACAUUCUUUACAGUAUCAUAUGAAGCAAAGUACACUGACACACCAUCCUUCAAGUAUUUUGUGAUAGCAAAUGCAAUUGUUACUGUAUAUGGUUUUCUUGUUCUGUUUCAUCCUCCAGGGAGUCCACUCUGGCGAUUAGUUGUUGCCUUGGAUUUGGUAUUCACCAUGUUGCUCAUUUCAAGCCUUUCGGCCGCCUUGGCGGUUGCUCAGGUGGGAAAGAAUGGGAAUUCUCGUGCAGGUUGGCUACCUGUCUGCGGCCAAGUCACGAAGUACUGCAACCAAGUAACAGGAGCAUUAGUUGCUGGUUCGAUUGGACUGAUAACUUACAUAAUUAUGUUGCUCCACUCUAUUUACACUUUCCUUAAUCCUCUGCUUGAAAAGGCCUAGCAGGCUAUCAUGUAUUGUGACUCAAGUUACGAAAAUCACCAUCGCCUCUCUUUCACGUUUUCUUUUGUCUGGUUUAUAGGUAGCCCUAUUAGAAGAUUUUGCCUUGGUACAUGCUUUGUUUAGAAUUGUAUUAAUCAGCAUGCUUUCCUAUUCCUUCAAGGGAAGCUAUAUGAAAAAUAAGAUGUCAAAUAAUGAUCAUUUUUCAAAA